GGCCGCGCCUCACUACCAGGGGGCCUCUACUCGGCCACUUCCACUCGUGUGAUGACCAAAGUUGUGCAAGGCUCCCACUGGCGACCACUGGCUCUCCCAGUCAGAGGAGCCCCUGUGGAUCCACACAGAGGCCAGGAUGCGUGAGAUCGUACACAUUCAGAUUGGCCAGUGUGGCAACCAGAUUGGGUCCAAGUUCUGGGAGGUGAUCGGCGAGGAGCACGGCAUAGACCCGGCAGGCAGCGACUGCGGGGCCUCCGCCUUGCAGCUGGAGAGAAUCAGCGUGUACUACAAUGAAGCCUACGGGAGGAAAUAUGUGCCCCGAGCGGUCCUGGUGGACCUGGAGCCGGGGACGAUGGACAGCAUCCGGUCCAGCAGACAGGGGGCCCUCUUUCAACCCGACAGUUUUGUGCAUGGGAACUCCGGGGCUGGCAACAACUGGGCCAAGGGCCAUUACACAGAGGGCGCCGAGCUGAUGGAGAGCGUGCUGGAUGUGGUGAGGAGCCAGAGCGAGAGCUGCGACUGCCUGCAGGGCUUCCAGGUGGUCCACUCGCUGGGCGGGGGCACGGGCUCGGGCAUGGGCACCCUGCUCAUGAACAAGAUCCGCGAGGAGUACCCGGACCGCAUCCUCAACUCCUUCAGCGUCAUGCCCUCGCCCAAGGUGUCGGACACCGUGGUGGAGCCCUACAACGCGGCGCUGUCCAUCCACCAGCUCAUCGACAACACGGACGCCUGCUUCUGCAUCGACAACGAGGCCCUCUACGACAUCUGCUUCCGCACGCUCAAGCUGACCACGCCCACCUACAGCGACCUCAACCACCUGGUGUCCCUCACCAUGAGCGGGGUCACCACCUCGCUGCGCUUCCCGGGCCAGCUCAACGCCGACCUGCGCAAGCUGGCCGUGAACAUGGUGCCCUUCCCCCGCCUGCACUUCUUCAUGCCGGGCUUCGCGCCCCUCACCGCUCAGGGCAGCCAGCAGUACCGCGCGCUGUCGGUGGCCGAGCUCACCCAGCAGAUGUUUGAUGCUCGCAAUACCAUGGCUGCCUGCGACCCCCGCCGCGGCCGCUACCUCACCGUGGCCUGCAUCUUCCGGGGCCGUAUGUCCACUAAGGAGGUGGACCAGCAGCUGCUGUCUGUGCAGACCAGGCACAGCGACUGCUUCGUGGAGUGGAUCCCCAACAACGUCAAGGUGGCCGUCUGCGACAUCCCUCCCCGGGGGCUCAACAUGGCCGCCACCUUCAUAGGCAACAACACGGCCAUCCAGGAGCUCUUCCGCCGCGUGUCCGAGCAGUUCUCGGCCAUGUUCAAGAGGAAAGCCUUCGUGCACUGGUACACUAGUGAAGGGAUGGACAUUGACGAGUUUGGGGAGGCUGAGCAUAACAUCCACGACCUGGUAUCCGAGUACCAGCAAUUCCAGGACGCCACGGCGCUCCAGGAGGAAAACGCAGGGGCCAAUGGGGAGGCAGAAAUGGAGUGGGACCUUAAGGAGCAUCAGCUGUGACGGGUGGCUGCUGUGUGGGCCACUGUCGCGCCUGAAGUCUCGAGGGGCUGCAGG